AAACUAGCGCAAUUCCGUCUCGCCAGUGCCCGCUACACCUCGGCCAACUUGCCCUGCAACAUAAAAAAGAACCGACUCGCCAACGUGCUGCCUUACGAGUCGACACGAGUCGCUUUGCAGCCGAUUCGAGGAGUCGAAGGCUCCGACUACAUCAACGCCAGCUACGUGGAUGGCUAUCGCAGCAGAUGCGCCUACAUCGCGACGCAGGGACCGCUGCCCAAGACAGUCGAAGACUUUUGGCGCAUGAUCUGGGAGCAAAAUUCCACCAUCAUCGUCAUGCUCACUAAGCUACGCGAAGCUGGCAUGGUUAGUCGUCAGCAGGCACACAUACAAUGUCUGUGCAACUUUAUCGUUAAAUUCUCAAAUAAUAGAAUAUAA